AUGGCCACCUCUCCACACAGCCACCUGAGGGACAGUACAUUGACUCUUGUGAAAGCAGGAGUUAUUUCAAAAGUAGGUUGAGUUUGAUCGUCCAGGUGAACGUAGUCCUGAAUAGGACUGUUGUUGUUGACAGUGACUGACAUUUCGACAACCUGUGCAGUAGUCAUCUUUUUGACUCUGAAGGUGACUACCACACAGGUUGUUGAAAUGUCAUUCACUGUCAACAACAACAGUCCUAUUCAGGACUACCUUCACAGAGACAAUCAAACUCAGUACAUUGACUCUUGUUUAAACCUCCUUACAAUGGACACAGUCUUCUCUCCCCAAGGUGGCUGUUUUGGAAAGGUUCAAAUGUAUUAUAACUUUUAUGUAAAAAAGGCCAUAAUUUAAACCUAAAAUAUUAAUUUACUUUAGCAUCAGCUGUAAAUUAAGUUAGUCCUCAUUCAUUUUAUAUACAUUUUGAACUUCAAAUUUCUUUUCUUCCAUUUGGCUGGUAUGUUUGAUGAAAAAUAAUUCACUAUUAUUUCUUUUCAGAUAAAGUAUUUAAAAAAUCCACCCACUCUUAAUGAAUGUGCUCUUUUUCUCACUCUUGUUUGAAUUCAGAUAAAUUGAUAAUUUCAUGCAGAGGCACUUGCCAUCUUCUUCUAACUGUAAAUUGAUUUCCACCCACAGAAAAGUUUUGUUUUAAUGCUUAAUUUAAAGGUGUUAUGAUACUGAAAUUUAACUUAAAUAUAGAUAAAUUCAUAAAUUAUGCUUUUUCUUUUCACAUGUGUUUACAAUUAUUGUAAACACGUAUCUGCAAUUUGACGGUUCUCUAAAACUUCCUGUAUUGUAUCCCUAAUGUGUUCCUGGUCCGUUAGUCAGCUUCCUUUGAAAAAGCUUCGGAAGUGCUCAAAGGUUGUAAGAACAACUUCAGACAUUUUCAGAAGCUUUCAGAAGUCUUCAGAAAAUCAAAAAUAUACAGAAAAUUCUGGGAUGUUUUCGGAAACUCGGGUCAUGACAAGAUGAAAAUCUCACGCAUUUGACUUGAAUGUUUUGGAGGUAUAAAGCAUCAGUAAGUCCCAGACUUUUCUUCCCACAUUUGCUGUAUAAGGAACCUGCAUUUAAGCAGACACUAGACACACAGUUUCCUUCUGAUCUGAGUACACUUAAUGGAAUCAGUCAUUUUCCAAGGUAACUCUAACUCUUUGCAAAAAAGGGACAUUAAAACAACUGUUCUUCUUGCUUAACCCUCAACAAUAAAAAUCUAAUUAGCAUAUAACUUGAAAUCCAGUUUUCAGACUUCCUAACCCUUUUACAGGUGAAAACAGAAACCAAAAAAUGUAUAGCCUUGAUGCAUAACAAAUACAGUGCUUUCUCCAAGAAGUGUUAUAAAUUUAGUGAAUAAUAGCUAUUUUUAAUAGGUUUUUUGUGUUUAAGUGUAUAUUGUUGUUUACUGAUGUAGCUUUUUGUUCUCUCUUUUUUGUUUUGUCCAAAAAAAAAGGUCAACACCAGCAAGAGUCUGAAUUAAGGUCAUGACUGACCAAAUGUAGCUUUCACUGUUCUAUUAAAGACUAUUUUAUAGCUUUUUUAUAAGAACUGAUAAAAUAGUGAAUUGCUCCAAAUACCCCUUAAGUCAAUAUGUUCAACUCUCUUUUAGCAACUACUUCUUGUACAUGUGUAAGCAGCCACCACCACCACUUUUUCAAAAACUCUCUUGUAAGCAACCAUAACUCAAAUUUCUUUGGUGACUAUGGCCAUUGGCCAGAAAAUUGACAUUCUGUUUUGCUUUGUUUUUCUAGUAAGCAGCCAUCUGACAUGAUUGCAUGAUAAUAGGAAAAUCUUUACACAGAUCUCACGAAAAUUCAAUUUUAAAAGCGCGAACCCAAGCUGCAUGUUUACAGAUAAUAAUCUGACUAACAAAAAAGAUGCUUCGUAGCAAAAUAAUCAAGAUAAACCCCAUUGGUCUGAAGUGCAUUUUUACCCCAUCUCAAAUUAUAGAGUAGCUGUUGCAUGCUGUGUCAUAUUCAGGGUUGGCUGUGGCCAAGCAAGGUUACUGUAUUCAGUAAGUAUUUUGAUUUUUUAACCCAGAUUUAAAAUUUGUCUUUUUACAGUUUCAGAGAAAGACAGUUACUGAUUGACUGGAAAGAAUACUGUCAAGGUAGAAAUGUUUCAUAACUGCAUCUUUUUAUUUUAAUAAUUAUUGAACUGAUAAUAGGUAACAAAAGGUGAUUCAGGAGGCCAUUCAUUCAGGAGGCCCAAUUAUAUAAAUUAUUGUGCAGAAUUGAUCUAUUGAUCUUGGAUACAUGUAUAUAGUGUUAACUACCAUGAGCCAUGCCAACACAGUGAUUUAACAAAAUGAUGCUUGCAUGGUUUUAACAAGUUUUACUGUAUAUGCCUUUGCAACAAUUUUGCCACACUGAAUGUGAUUAGAUAUUAAGUAUAAAAUGGCAUUUCCCUAAUAACUCAGCGGCAAGAGAUUUUGAAGUACUUUAUAGAGCUUAGUUUAGCCUAGCUUGAUCAGAUUUGAUAUGUCUGGCUUUGCAAUGGCCCAACAAAAACCUUUACAUAAACAAAACAAUGUUACUCAUCCAAAGAUGAUAUAGCUAGUAUUCAUUUGUUGGUGGGUAACGGCCUCGUUCAGGGUGCAAAGAAAGUCGGUUUUACUGCUUGCCAUUUAGGCAACUUGUUGCUAGUAUGUACUACUAAGCCCAAGAGUCUUUUAAGUAGCCCCCAAAAAAUUUUGAUGUGCAGCAUUGAUUACAGUUCUUCUGUAAUUUGAAUUUCCCCAAAAACUUCACUUGGCCUUUGGGCAAGUUAAGAACAGGAUUCAGUAGCCCGAUUGCAAAAUCCACUAUCCCCUUGCUACUGGACACAGCUUUCUUUGCAUGCUGCUUAUUACAAAGUGGAGUUCAAAUAAUUAAUAUACUAAGCUGGCAUGAUGAUUUCAAAGGUAUCCAGUUAUUUUCCUGUAUAUUUCUAUUGAGUGCUGUUUCCAUCUUGGACUAGAAAGCAUUUCCUUUUCCUAUGUAGUUUGAGCUUAAAAGAGCUAAAAGCUACAGAAAGAGAGGGGAAAAAGAAAACCUGGUAAAACACCCUGUACUAAAUGCUGCUACUAACUUCUGUGUGACUUUUGGGUGACAAACUUGCUAAAAUUCAAUAUUGGUGGAAAGAUUCUGAGGUGUCAUCAGACUACUUUGGGAUCUCAGACUGGCUAAGUUGGAUUUAUGAAAACAGUUCUUUGGUAGCUAAAAAGUGCCCUCAGCAAAGCCUGGUUUGAUCAUUCCCUGUGAACCUUUCUCAAUUAACCUUUUCUCACUUAAUGAGAUACAAGAGUUGUUGUAAUUCAGCAAAUGUGGAUAAUAAUAAUAAUAAUAAUAAUAAUAAUAAUAAAUAAUAAUAAUGACGAUGAUGCACUUUGUUCGAGUGUCAAUUUAUUUUGCACGAAAGUGCUGAUUGGGGAUACUAUUUUUACAUCUCUUACUGGAGACGGGACCUCCAUUUUACUUGAUCAUCUUCACAAUGCAAAGGUUUAGCUGUUUGCAGAGCAAAUACGGUACCUUUAUUUCAAUCCUCCAGUUAUUUUAAAACCCUGACUGUUUGUCUGGCCCCGUUGUCAAACCCAUGACUUCCUGUUCUGCAGUCAACCAGCUGAGCUAGUCCUGCCGCCUACCAAGAAGAGAUUACCUCACAUUUAUUAAUAUCAACUUAUAAAGUUUUGCAUAACAAAGCUAACUUAGGAAGCGUGACAAUUGAUCAAUAUUGACUUGUGAAAUUUGCUUGUUGUUUUUCAGAUUAAACAGAUUAAAGUCUCCAAUCUACUCUUCAUAUCUGCAUUCUUGGAACUAGAGCACAAAGGUAAUCUACACUGGGGAGAAAGUACAAGGUAUCUGACCUUGUUGUUAUGGCCAGGCAACCUGUGAAUGUUUCAGUAUUGUUGGCUGUUAAAAUUUUAUUGGCCCAGCAAUAUUGGUCAAUAUUGCACUUCUGAGCAUCCUGUGUUCAGUAAUGUUGGACCGACAUAUGAAGAGCUCACACAAUUUGUGAUUGUUCUGCUUGAAAAUCUGUUGUCUUUUAUUAAGGAUAGUGCCACCUAAUGAUUCAAAGGUUUUGCUUAGUGGUUUGGGAUUUCAAAUUUUUUUUGUUUCUCUGUGCUACUUACAUUGCAAUGGCUUUAGGGGCCGUCAACAGGAUAUUGCUGUGUUAGGUCAAUUCUGUGUUGAAGUCAUUACUUCAAGCCUUUACCCAUACAAAAAAUGCCCCUGUAGAGUUAUGAAGAGGAUAUCAAACAAAUAUCAUCAUAACGCACUUAACCAUAAAAUGUUUUGGUGGUUUUUGCAGGUAUAGCAUUAAAAGUUAAGAAAGUUUGCCAAAUUUUUUCAUGUUUCAAUCCAUGUCUGUCCUUUCAAGCCCUAGCAAAAGACAACUGGAAAUGGUUUCAAUGCCUUGAUAUAGUCUUAAAUAGCAAUAUCAAAACACUGGGCCAUUAUUUUGGAAUUCUAGUGAUGCAAAGACAAUUGUUUCAGCUUUUGAAAAGAUAGCAAAUAGCCUAACAUAUAUUGUAAGCUCCUUUAAAUAGGUACAGUGGAACCUCUAUUCAGGGGACACCCACGGGACCGAGGCAAGUGUUCCCAGAAUAGGGGUGUCCCCCGAAUGGAAAUUGGGCUGGGAUUUGUUAAUAAAAAUUAUUAACCAACAAAUAAUUAAUACAGUUGAACUUUUCUACAAUUGCCACCUUAGGGACAGAAGAAAGUGUCAGUUGAAGAGAAGUGGCAUUGUAGAUAGGUUUAAACAAGGGUCAAUGUAUGGACUGCUCGUCAAAAGAGUGGCCAUUUUAGAGAGGUGGCCACUAGUGGAGAUCCGGCUGUGCUUUUCUUUUAUUUUACUUCGAAAUCUGAUGCGGUCAUUAUUUUAGUCAGUUAAAUAAUGUCUAAAAAAUCAUGAUUAACUUAUCUCUGCAAUGUUGUUUGUUGAAUUCCAACAAGUGCAGUACAUUGAUUUUAAGUGAGAUAGUUCAUGUUUUGAAAGCUGUGGCCAUUGUGACUUUUGAACACUUAAACUUAUCAACAAUUUUUGUGGUCAGUCACCUUUUGAGUGCCACAAUGUCCCCUGAAUGGAUGUUGAAUUUGGGUUGUGGGACCCAGAAAAAGUGUCCCUUUUGAGUUUUCCCAGAAUAGAAGUGUCCCUUCAAGAGAGGUAACAAAUACAAAGAUUAUGUGAACAUUUUUCCAGGUGCAAAUUUUGUGUCUCCUGGAUGGAGGUGUCCCUUGAAUAGAAAUGUCCCAAAGGAGAGCUUCCAGUCCACUGUACUAGCAUUUCAAUGUUAAUAUACAAGAUUUAAUGACAAAGUAACCUGUUCGCAGCAAUCAGCAAGAAAAGCACAUUUAAAUAAAUUCAUGCAGGAAAUUAGUGGUCAACAAAAGUAUUUUCUCAUUGCAAAUUUAAUGCUUUAUUAUAAUUCAUUGCGUGGCCAAUACCCGUUGUUUAAGCUCAGGAUAAAAAAUGGUUGAAUUUGUAAUGGAUCAAAUUCAUCGCUUGGUUUUAAUUCUUUUUUCCUUUGUCUUUGGGUUUGAUAAUGUAUGAGAAUAUCGGAGAUAAAAUUUAAACCAAGAAUAAAAUUAAACCACAAAGUACGCUGCGGAUGUACAGUAAGAUUACUCGCAUUAUGUAAUAACUCAGAGGGUCUACGUAUCAGUUACCGUCCUUAUUUGGUAAAAUUUCAGCCAGGAGGUCUUGUUUUCAUAGUUUCUUUUUUUGUUAUAUUAAGCCUAUUCCUGGUUUUGAGGAAGUUGCUCAUAGACUCUUGCUCUAAAAUGGAACCUAUCGUAGUUUGUUGAUGCGUAUUGUAAUUUUCAUAGCUCAUUCCCGGUUUAGAAUAUCCUGAUGCACUAAAAUCGAAGCCAUCGUUUGGGCUAGCACUCCGAACAACUGCUUCCAAUUCCUGUUUUGGUGCCGGGUCAAUUCGGUUAAACUUCCCAACUUGCACAGGAUCACAGUUUUUUAGAAACUAGCCUCUUAACCUAAACGAUGAAAAACAUGAAACGCUUUUCAGUUUCAGUCCAAAAACUCAAAAUUUUCUCCUGUCUCAAGUUUGAAAGAUUAGGUUCAAGUUGGCGGUUUUCCCUAUCAGACAAUUCUUCUGUCAUAAUCUGAACUUAGCGAAGUUAAACCCUCUUUACCUCUAUUGGAACAUUUUCCAUUCUUAAAAUUUUCCGCUUUCAUCUUACACGGGGUCGGCUUGGCAGAACAUCGUAUGGACGUGCUAUUUUUACUUUUUAAGCGCCGGCGUGGAAAAUAAAACCGACGUCUAUGAGGGAAAGCCUUAAAUAUUUUAUUUGUGGCGUAAUUUUCUUUAACUGGAAGGACAAGAUACGCGGCUGUUUUCCAUAUGCAGACAGGUUGUUUGAAGCAAAAGCACUGCCACUUUGAUUUUGAUAGACCAAAGUCUAGGCUAAAAUCCUACAAUUCAUUGCAUUUCAAUGAAGAAAUCCCGACCGACGUCUACGUCCAAAUUUUUCGUACAAAAACCAUUGUUUGAAAGCUGUCUUUGAUGAACAUUUCUUCAGUGUGUCAAAGUAUUCUCUAUGGGCCAAAAUUUGGUUUAUAGAGACAACAUCUCUCGACUCGCGACUCAACUAUGCGGCUAUUUUGUAGGCUAAACUGCCAUUCGAAAAAUGUCACUUUUCGUUAAAUACAGCAUGGAUGUUGACAUGACAACUUAGUAAACACCCUGGGUGUGAUAGAGUUUCACAAACCUUUCCAUGCCACAAAAACGAAUUUCCAGCCAGCAUGUUGGCUACAGCUAGUUUAAGAUCUAGCCACUCUUACCGGUGAGAUAAAAGCAUCGUAGAUCAAGAUUGAUUCGAGUCAGCGCAACUUCCAACGUGACCCGGAAAAUCAAAAAGGUGUCUUGUUUUCGGAAGAGAAAUUUUAAGACGGAAUCCAACAGGAAAUUGAGUAGUUUUAAUUUUAAGUGGACGAAAACCUUUUACCAGAAUAAUUUGACGAAUAUUGCAUUCUUUUUUACAUUUUUUAAGGGCUAAAGAUGUAAUUAGUUUUCUGUAAUAUAAACACCAAAAAAAAUUUCUUAUGGGAGCCCGAGAAAAUAAAUGUCAAACUUCACAAAAUGACAUCUGCAGUCAAGGAGGUUUCAUUUGACAUGAUCAUCACUCUGGCGGUAAAAGUGCAGUUCAAGAAUGGCCGUUUUUUAUGCUAAGGACGCAUUAUCCGUCUGGACAAACUUGGGCAAACAUUUGAUGUUCGUAUGGUUUUGCGUCUCAAGUAUAAAGAUGGGCAUACGUAUUAUGCGUCUGGACGAACUCUCCUUCGAAAUACGUCUUGAACGACGCACUACGAAAGGUAGUUCGUUUGGACGCAUAAUGCGUCUUGUACCCAUCUUUAUACUAGAGACGCAUAACCAGACGAACUUCAAAAUGUUUGCCUAAGUUCGUCCAGACGGUUGAUACGUCCUUAUAUUAGUAUAAAAACGGCCAAUCACUCGCACCGAGUGAGAUCAGAAAUCCCUGCAUCUGAUUGGCUAGAACACAAGUUCUGGCCAAUCAGAAGCAGAGAUUUCAAAUUCUUCCCCAAAAUCUGACCGCUUGCUUUAUAAUUCAAGGUUCUGUUGUGAUCUUCAACUCCCGAAGACGGAAUCCAUUAGGAAAUUGAGUAAUUUUAAUUUUCAGUGGACAAAAACCUUGUACCAGAAUAAUUUAAAGCAUAUUGCAUUCUUUUUUACAUUUUCCAAGGGCUAAAGAUGUAAUUAGUCAUCUGUAGUAACACCAAACAAAAUUUCUUGUGGGAGCCCGAGAAAAUGAAUGUCAAAUUUCACAAAAUUACACCUUACACAUGAAAUUUUCAGAAUUUUGCCUGUGUUUUCACAAUUCUUGUGAAAUUUGACAUUCAUUUUCUUGGACUUCCAUGGGAAAUUGUCUUUGGUGUUAUUACAGACGACUAACUACAUCUUUAGUCCUUAAAAAAAUGUGAAAAAGAAUGUAACAUAUAUUCUUUAAAUAAUUCUGGUAUACAAGGUUUUUGUCCACUGAAAAUUAAAAUUACUCAAUUUCCCAGUGGAUUCCAUCUUAAUGUGGCAUGUUUAAUUUUUCACUUAAGUAAACCACUUUCUAUCAGAUGGUUUUUAUUUAUAACUGAAAAGAACGACGUACGUGGCCGUUUUUCUCCUUCUUCCUCUUAUUUUAAUUGUGCCCAUUGUAAUAUUUGUCCUUUCGGUUUAUAUUAAAACUAGUAUUACUAUAGUUCACACUAUAUCUGCCCCUAAUUUCCCCCUUCUGUGAGCCUUUUGAAACACUUCAACAUCUCUUCCGAAAACAAGAUACCUUUUUCAUUUCCGGGUCACGUUCGAAGCUGUGCUGACUCGAUUCCAUCUUGAUCUCAAUUUUUAUCACAUCGGUAAGAGUGGCUAGUAGCCAACCUACUGGCUGGAAAAUCGUUUUUGUGGCAUAGAAAUUUAGAAAGGUUUGUGAAACUCUAUCACGCCCAGGGUGUUUACCCUAGUUGUCAUGUUGGUUUACCAAAAGUGGUAUUCUUCGAAUGGGAAGUUUAGCCUACAAAAUAGGCGCAUAGAUGAGUCACGAGUCACGAAGUACGAGAUAUGUUGUCUCUAUAAACCAAAUUUUGGCUCAUAGAGGAUACUUUGAUACGCUGAAGAAAUGUUCAUCUAAGUCAGCUUUCAAACAAUGGUUUCUAUGCGAAAAAUUUGGGUAUAGUCGUCGACCGAGAUAUCUUCAUUCAAAUGCAAUGAAUUGUAGGAUUUUAGCCUGGAAAUCAAAGUGUUUUUGCUUCAAACAACCUGUCUGCAUAUGGAUUCAAUUUUUUUUUUCGUUCGCAGUGACUUUCAGUGUGAAAAGUGAUCUUCAGAACAAGAAAAUUUUAAUACAUAAGUUUACUUCGUAAGGUUGGCUUAAUUGGGACAAACAUUUAUUACGGAACGACUUGUUACAGAACUAUGUCCAAGCACUUGAAGAAUUAAGUACAAAUGACAGGAAAUCCGUAAAUAUCCCAAACAAGUUAUUUUUAAGGGCAAGCGUUUUGCUAAUUUUCCGUGCACCGAAUAACCAGGGCGAAUAACCCUUAAAAGGCGCCAUAUCGAUGAGGACUGCCCUUAUUACCCAAGCUUGCCGUUGCACCUCUUAUCGGUCUCCAGACAGUCGAAGCCAUUUUUGCCCUUACUCGAUUUUGAAACGCCUCAUUGAAAUUCUUCACUGGUUGAUGGUAUUUAUUCUUUGAUUUCCAUUUUCUUAACAUUAAGAGAAUUAAAAUAUCUUGACUGAAGGUCUCUAUGUUUUUAUUUUUCAGACCCGAAGCAUGGUUCGUUUCUACAUGUGAAAGCUCGAUUGCACUACGCCUGCUGGAGAAAGUUAUCAGGUGAGUGUUCUGAAAAUGAUUUCAUAUUUAUUCCUUGAAAGUAAAGCCACGAUAAAACUUUACAUCUGAAGGACUAGUUCAAUAGUACAUGUUGAGUGCGUCUAAACGAAAUUAUUGAAGUAAUUAAGGAAGCUUAUGUAGAGCUAGUAGUUGCCCGCAUAACUCAGCCCAAGUUUUAGUUACAUUGUUUUCAGAGAGUGAAGCAAUGCACUAGAAGUCGUACAAAUCUUCCUCCCUUCUACCGAGCUUUUUCCGCAAUCAAGGUGAAUAGAAAAUUUAAAAAUCGCUUGCCUGGCCCAUUGACGGCAAGCUCUCGCUGAAAUUUACUUGCUCGGACACUCUUACAUGCCUACCAACCCCCCUUUUCCCUAACAUUAACAUUAUCUCGGCAAAUACCAUUUCAUAAUUAAACAUGCUAGUCCGACGGGUUGCCCCAAGUCCCGGGGGAGGGGUAUUUAAUAAGGUUUUAUACGGGGAGUCUCGGCCCCGUGGUCCAACCCCUCACCCUCUUAUAUAGCAUUUUGACAGAAAAGACUGAAACCUCUAUAGUUUACCUUCCAUUGCCAAAUGGUACCCCUUACACAUACCUAGUUUAAAACUUUACAUCCCCUUUAACUGCUUUUAAUUCACUGUCUUUUAAAUAUGAAUAAAUCACAAAACCAGAAAAGUUUCUUGUCUGACUUUUUACACCCGUAAAAUACUUAUGUAGCCCUUUUAGGUCAUUUUACGGACCAAAAAGGUACCCCUUUCUAGUGGAGCCUUCUCCAUAUAGCCCGUUAUAGGGGUGUCCCCCGGGCUCCAUAACCCCUGCAUUAUCGGACAGCACUUGCCGUUUAAAAUUAAUGGGUAAAAUUUUUUGCACAUUUCUUAAAGAAAAAGAACAACUUACGUUAAAUUUUGUGUAGAGUUUGACCAGGUAAAGAUGAGGAAAUUUUUUUUUGUCCCCAGGGCGUUCCAUAGCAAACCCCGUUUGUUGAUUCAUUAUCGGACAGCAAUCAAAUUGACCUCGAUUCAAUAAUUAAAUAUUGAUUUGGUUUUUAACAAAAAAAUUAUUCUUGUCUGUUGAGUUCAAUCGGGUUUAAAAUUUUUAGAAGAGACAGACCGCAAACACAAAGAAACUGACAAAGGCCGGGGAUCGAAAUCCACCAAUCACAGCACAUACACAUUUCUUAAAGAAAAGAACAAAACUUACGUUAAAUUUUGUGUAGAGUUUUUUUAAUCGAAUCAACAUUCAGGAAUCGAGGCUAAAAGAAUAAUUGUUCAAAUGGAUUAUUUUUAAAAAAAGUUUAUAAUUUACUCUUCUAUUAUAAUUUUAAACCGUUUGGAAACGACUAUUUCUGUCAGUUUUGGUUUACUUUGUUUCAAAAACUCUUCGCACGUUUAGACUUCGUAAGAUUAAUUGUGUGACUUCUCAACUUGGCGGCUUAGAAUAGUCCCAGAUUGGAAUUCUUUACCCUUCCAGUUCUCCUUGCAUUAUUUCCGACUGUUUCGUUAAGAUGGAAAGGGGUUGGCGUUUUAUUUACUACAUUUUUGUUUCUACAACAUCCGCGCUUAAACCUAAAACGGCGCUUAAAGAGUAUGCCGCCUAUUUUUAGAAGUGCUUUGACCCUUUGUUCUUCUAGUUCGAUCAAAACUAUUCAUAAUUGAAGACUACAAUCCAAACUUUCGUUUUGGACCAUAGUGAAAAAGCAAUGGCACUAGCUGAAAGCACUGCCAAAGUGGUUCACAUUAUUGGACUCAAAAUUUAGGAAAAGUAAAUAUGGCUCAAUAAAUAAUUCUUGGAGUGUCAGAAGUCCAAAGGGCGCUUACGAUUUUUACUUUGAUGAUAAAGCCAAACAUCAUGAUACAGCUCUGCAAUUUCUCUUCUAGAGUUAGUUAAGAAGAAAAAUAGUGCGUUUGUCCACGGAUGACAAGGAAGAUUGUUCUCUACAACUGCUUACAGAUUAUUGUCCAUCUGUUUUUUUUUCCGCCGUAAUUUCCUUCGAGAACACCAGCGAUGUUGAUCCUUUUAAUGGCAUUCUAAUAAUUUUUUUUCGGAAUUCUUUUAAUGUUGUUUUCUCAAAACCCUUGUAUUAUUUUUGUUGCAAGGGCUAGUACUUAGCUUAAAUUGUGGGAAAUUUUGAUUGAAUACUUAAAUCGGAACUAACAUCUUUAUCGGCUUUGAGAAAUCGCCUGUAUUUCUGUGUUAACAGUUACUUUUCGCUUAUUUUGAGAUCAUUACAAGAACUCAAGCCACGAACAAAAAAGUUUUUGCGGGGCUUAAAAGAAAUUAAAUGACGUACUGUUAUUUUUUUAUAAUAAUGGUGAUCUUGAACCGAUCGGUCCAUCCCUGGAGUUUAAGAGCAAUUACGUCAGUUCAUCUUGCCAGCGAUAUUUCCCUUGGAUCAAAUUUUGUGUCAUAAUCUGAAAAUCCUGAAACAGUUUGGUUGAUAAGUUUUGAUCGAGGAAGUGUUUCGAGAAUUAGUAUGUUCCGGUAAUGAUGUUCUUUCUCGUCUUUUUUGUCGUGAAAAAUUUCCUUUCCUCUUUUUAAAAUAAUGCUGAGUGUUUAUCUUAAGUGAGAAACUGAGAAGUCACUGACCAAAACAAUCAGAUUGUUAUCUAUAUAGGUUCAUGUGUGUUUACAAUUAUAGCAGCACACAUGAACCUACUUACACUUGCAUGGAAAUCACCGCUGAGCUACAAGGAACUUAAAAGUAAAGUAAAUAUAUUCUCUUAGUCGCUUCCUUGUUUCGACUCAUCGACGCUUUUAGCGUCCGCCGUCUUCUGUCACAGGCAUGAAACACGUGUAUGUGGGAGGCCUAGAUGACCUCAGUUAUAACUCAAUUUUUUAAGAAUAAAGGGCAUUAAGUAGUAUUGAAACGAAAACGACAGAACGGGAGGACUUGACUUAACAGACUUUGUGGAGGUAAGGUUAAUCAAGGCUGUUAAGCCACAAUUUAAUUUCACUUUGCGAAGAAACAAUGCAACAGCUAACAGCGGAAGUAAUUGUUUCCUUACACAUACAACGGUCCGCUUCUCUUGUUGAUUAUAUCGCUGCGCUUCUUUGUUUCCUGUUCUGCGGUAGAUGUCCUGCUUCGCUUCCAAAUUAAGUAUUUUUUUUACUCGUACAACUCAAGCCAAGACUAAGUGAAUUUUUUUUGGCGUAAACAAUCAAUUUAAGCUCAAUUUUUGCAAGUAACUUCCGCUGCAAGUCUUCGAAUCAGUUCGUUCAAAACCGAUCGGAUCUCGGCGUUGGGAUCUUAUGCAAAGAAAAAAUCUUACGAAGUCACUGGAUGUUUCACGAAGCUGCUGGGAGGUGGCCUGUUUUCAACGAACCGAUUCGCCGACUAGCAGCGGAUCGCAGCGGAAGUUACAAAAGAUUGAGGUUACAGGAGCCAUGUCUUUAAAAUAACAAAACCUCAUUGGAAUCAAAUAAUACUAAAUCUAUUUCAGUCAGUUUAAAAUAGACCUUGUCACGUUUUUCGACGCCAUCUUGACGAGUAGGCAAACGGUGAGAAAUUACAGUGUUUGUAUGAGAAUCUAAUGUCGAAUAAUUUCCGUAAAAUGGCUGUUCUGAAAAAAAUAUCAAUCGUAAACUAAAGCUACAAAGCAAAGGAUUGUCCUAAAACAUUUUGGGGGCGUACAUGUGCUUAAAUUUCUCCAGAGGCUUGUUUUAGAUUUUCCAUAUAUUUGUCUGUAAUUUUCCUAGGACUUUCUUACAGACAAAUGUAUAGGAAAUUUAAAAAGUGGUUCUCGGUCUUCUAGUACAUGUAACGCCCUCAGAUGUUUUCAGUAGAAUCCUUUGGAGUGAAGCUUCAGUCUACAAAUCAUAUUUUUUCAGAACAGCCGUUCUACGGAAAUUAUUCAAAAUUUGAUUCUCAUGCAAACACUCUAAUUUCUUACGCGUUGGCCUACUCGUCAAGAUGGCGUCGAAAACCGUGACAAGGUCUAUUACUCUUCUACUAUGCUUCAACUGUAAUUCAGUGCAUCUCAUUGGCUGGUUUUCGCUGGCCAGGAUGAAAACGGAUCGCAGCUGGAAAAAACUGGGUCAACUUUGCUUUUUCAAGUUAAACUUCUGUGGAGUCGAAAAAUGCCCAUAAAGCGAUCAAUGUUUUCCUUUUUUAUAGAACCAUUCGAUAUAUCUUUCAUUAAGAGUUCCAGCCAAGUAUGUCAAAAGAUGACUCGAGAAUACUUGGUUUUUAUUUCAGCUUUUCCUCCCAAAAACGUGGAACACACUGUGAAAUAGCCCCUUCAAAUUGCUGGAUGCGCUCAAACAGUUUGACUGAGUUUUGGCUUGAGUUGUUUGAGUCAAAGAAAAAGUGCAGUGAACUCAUUGGAAGACAUAGAUGAACUCGGUAGAUUCAACAGCCUGUUAACAGGUUGUUUUGUGGGGGGUAUAUAAAACUAAGAGAAGGCUAGAUAGAAGUGAAUUGAAGAUUGUUGCUUACUGGCUUUUAUAUAAAUAUUAAAGCUAAGCGUUCAGAUUCCACGCAAGAACUUUUGUCAUUUUCAGCAUAAUCGCACAAGAUUGUUACAUAUACUUUUAUAUCCUCUGAUUUAUUUGAAUGUCAACCAUCUGCCUGUUCAAUAUUAACAAUAGUACCACAGUGUGGCAAAUGUAAAUUUUCACUGUCUUCACCCGCAGAAUCCAAAUUUAGACUAAGGGGAUCAAAUAAAGACUUUUAGCCGGUGGGCUUAUAUAAUGAAAAGAUAACCUUUUUGACCCAAAAAACUGAUGCCUGAACCAAAGUGGAUAGCAACCACACAUUUUAUAAUGCGCAUUGUCACUGUUUGUAGCCUCAGUGAACCCGUUCAUUUUUUUAAAAGCGUUGAACAACAUGCUAUAGAUUCUCUUCCAGUUUUGUCGCCAAAGGUAGAUUACAACAAUAUUGUGGAGGCUUGUUACAGUUUUCUUUUCACAUGAUAUCAUAUUCCGCCCUAUAUUUUCAAAGUCGUCUUCCCAACCACCUCCCCCGCUAGUUGGAAGGUUGCUUAGCGACGAACGAAGGAAGUUACUUUUACGGCACGUGCCAUCUUGGUCACUGUUCUAUCACAGCGUGGGAUAGACUGACUGAGUAAUUGCAUGCUCGCACCACGUGGGUAUUCAUAAAUGGUGUUAAGUUUAUUAGUCAUAACCGUAGUUAAUUCCCAGCCAUAACAAUAAAUACCUCAAUUGAAGUAAUCGAGUAACCGUUCCCUAGUGUCGUAAAAAAAUUGAAUCACAGUUACGAAACAAAAUCUAAAACUGAAAAUAACCCCAUCCAGGUUGGGUCUGAAGUUAGUACCAACUGCAAUUCAAAAUUCCUCUUGAUUUAUUAAGGCGAAGAAGAAAAAUAUGAAAUUUGAAACAAACACGCUUAUCACUUGUCUUGUUCGAGGAAAUGCAGCUACUCUGUACAGCUGUUUCACCUUUUGCGGUAUACCGAUGGGCACGCAACGUCGACGCUUUUUUGACAGACCGUGCUGGCUUUGUUAAAUUGAAACUCAUCACAGCUUAGCUCAGCUGCGCCGGCAGUCUCGAAAGCAACUAUCCCGUCCGGUUUUUAUAUUCGCAAAAUGCCUUAGGGCCUUUUUCAAACUUCAAAGCGAAUUCUAGACGGAUUGUGUUGUAGACAGGAAAGGAAGUUGCUUCUUUUAAUCACAUUUUUCCCUCGGUGGGAAUUUCUUUUAACACUGUGUAGGUGUUUGGUUACCCGAAAACAAGGAAGUUACGAGGCAAGCUUUUUAUACAAUUUUUUUUUACUCAAAAAAUCAAGAUAAUAUAUAACAUUGUUUAAGAUACGUCGCACAGUUAUUUGAUAUACCUUCAUUUUUUACUUGCUUAAGAUGAAUGGAUUUUUCUACCGGAGUUUGAGGUAACUUACCCCAUUUUAUAUUAAACACCUGCCUUCAUGGCCAGACUUCCCUUUCGAGUUGGUUCCUUUCUGUUCCUGCUUUCUUAGUUUGAUUCCUAAUUACAUCUUCAGUAGGCCUUAGCAAUAUAAUUAAAUUCCGACAACUACACGCAGAGUUUUCCAAUGGUAAGUGCGUUUAAUUGUGUUAUCCUUGCCUUAUCUGCACGACUUAAGGUGCCUCGGAAAUAGAUGCCAAACUCAUACUUGCUCACAUCCCCUGUUCGUCGCUUAUGCAGCGCUACACAGAGCGCUGCAAAAUUGUUAAGUUGCUUUCAAAUGGGGAUAAGUUAUUUUGGCGCGAAACCUCACACACCUUGUCAAAAUUCUCUGAUUUACAAUUUAGAGUCGUGGCGGACUACAGGCUUCCAACACAUCUAAUCAAACAUUCAGAGGUGGCUUUUAUUUAACAUCCAUAUAAAACUAGUUGGGUUGCAUGUGGGCGCAUCAAAUGUCUUAGGUCUAAAAUCGCGGCAAAUUGUUACGUUGUGUGUGCCGCAUGCUCUCCUGAUAAACAACUCACGGCAGAAACUCGUGAUAAAACAAAAGAAUAAGUAUUGAAGAAAGGUCAAUAAUGCAGUACUGUUUCAGAAAUCAUAGAAAUUAAAUAUAUUAAGGAGAAUUAUAAGCAAAAAAGUUAGUGUUUACUCAGUUUGUUUGUUUCUUUGUAAUAUAUUGUCUGCUUCAUUAAGCGCCCCUUGCCUUCUAAUACGAAAUAUUUUUUCCCGGUUCGUGAAGUAUACGAUAACAGUGGCUCUCCACAAGGGCUACGGACCCCUGAGUUUCAGUUAUUCCUGAUCCGGAAGGUAAAAAAAGGCUUUUGUUUUCUUCUCGAGAGUAUAGCAAAACUUUUUAAACCGCCGCGUAAGAUUUAUUGAACUGCCCUCCAAAUUUGAUGGUCGCUAAAAGAGGUACAAUCAACCUAACUCCAUUUACAAAUUAAGGUAACCACCCUUUUUUACAGGGAUAAUUAAGCCGAGAUUGAAAAGCUUGAAUGUAUGUAGCAGUGGCUAGUAAUUUUCACAAAGUGGAAGUUAAUUCGGUCUUUAUUCGGUCUUGCAAGACUGCAUCGUUAUCCCAAUUCCUUCUUAGACCUCUUCGGCAUUUGUUGUGAUCUCGUUACCACAAUGUAAAGUAAAACUACAUUUGCUCCAAAGCCCGGAUGACCGGCAUCCCGGAUGCCGGCCUCACUCUUGUCUGGUUAUUUCACUUGGACUCCGGAUCGAUUGGUCGGGCUUCGAGACCUGCCGGGGUCAUCGUAUUGUGUUAAUGUACAAGAUGAAAGUGAAAAAUGAUCAUCGCAGUAAAUUUUCCAAUUUAAGCAAUUGGAAAGAAGAAGCCUGAAAAAAAAAUCACUUCAAAAAUGAAUUAUUUCAUGUAUACGUCACAUAAAUGUACAAGAUACUAGUGAUCUUUGGAUUCGAGGACGGGGACGAGAUUUUUAUUUGACUUAACACUUAGAAGACAUAUUUAUUGGUCAAGAAGCUGUAAUUUUGUCAUUUACGAGUAGCUUCUUUGCUAGCGUUAAGUUCCAUAUAAGAACAGCCUCGACACAGCCGCUUUAAAGGGACUGUGGUACGGUUGUCUAGUUCAAUUUGCUUAUAUUGCCAAUCACACGUCCUUAGGAAUGCAACUUAACGUUAGCGACGAAUUACCGGCAAAUUGAAAAAUCCGGCACAGCUUCAUAUCACACCAAAUUGUCUCCCAAGCUGUAAAUCAAACGUUGUAGACAGCAAAAAUGAACUUUCAAAACCUGUUAGGCUAACAAGUUUUUAAGAUAAUCACAAUUUUCAAUCCGUUUUUAUCUUCUUCAAGUUUGUCCAUCCGGGCUUCCCAGUCCUUUUGCAUUUGCUGCUAAUGUUUUUAGCUGUUAUUAUUAUGUAAUCACUCAAUUUGGUGGCUGCUCCUACUGUUUGAAAUUUGAUGAAUGUCGUGACAGAGCCCCUCUAAGCAAAUUAUUCAUCACAGAGUAUCUCGAACACUUUCCUCCUCUGUCUAUUUAACAAUUAUUGAAUGAGGCUGAGUAGGAGGUGAAGAAUUAUGCAGAUCGAGGAGGAUGUUAUCCACCGAGAUCUGCCUAAUUCUUCACAUCGUACGACAGCCGAAUUCAAUAAUUGUUUUAUUAUUCAUUGAAGGUAUUUCUUAGUUCUUAACAUGCUUACCUUCUCGUAAACUUUCUUCAAAACUUUGGCUUAUUUCUCGGCACGCUUUCAGGAUAUAAACAGAUGUUUCAUCUUGCAGAUACUCGUCAAAGAGUGUAAGAUCCAUCGAGCAAAAUGGUUUACGUAUUCUUGCAUUUCUUACAUUCCGUUUAAGUCAGAAGUUCAGCUUUUUCGUCUUCGAAUAGCCGUGGACGCCAUUUUUUAGUUCACUUUUGCCCAAGCAGCCUCGUUUCCAAUCAAAUAUAUCAUCGAUCAGCCUCGUUUCCAAUAAAAUAUACCAUCGAAUCGAUUGUAUAUUGCUCACAUCUUCCAAAUAUGGUAAGCGCCCAUUGGUUUUGAAGAAUUAGCCUGGGAAUUGGACCCAAUCAGAGAAGCGGCGAAUUGUUUUGAAUGAAUAUCACUUAAAUCUCCUUGCUAGACAGCAAUAAAUGAAAUCAGUUUCUCAGUCUCAAAAUGAAGGAACAAAACGCCAGUCUGUUCUUCCUCUGUCUGUGUUAAAGCACCCUCCUUCCCAAACUUGCUUUUAAAAAAACCCCUUGAGGGAAACAAUGGAGGAUUUACGUAUAAAUGGCGGUUUUAUAGCAAACCACCAUGGGCCACAUUGUUCUAAUUUUUUUGGUAAUAAUGUACAAUAAAAUGUCCCUUUAAUUUCAUGUGGUAAGGGCUCCCGAGGAAACAGCUGAAUAACUACACCUGUUUAGAGAGAAGAACUUUCAAAGAGGCCAAGUUUAUCCCUUGAAUUUGAAGGUUCUCCACUUCAUGAAACAGGGGCACCCAACGUCAAUUUUCGGAAAAUAUCUCCUUGGAAGACGAUUUGAGAUCUAGAAAUUUCGGAACAUUUGUUGUAAAAUUUCUUGCUUGCCUGCCUCUCCUAGGAUUUUCGAACUUAGAAAAAAUGGUAUAAUUGCCCAUUUUUGACGAAUUUUUACCUUAAAAGGGUCACCUAGAAUUUUCGGGAGCCUUUUUUUUGGCUGAAAUUUUCGAAAAGGUAAGUUUCGAUCCCUAUAAUUUUCGGAUCACUAGACUUUCAGCUAGGAAAUCCGAGUAGGUGAAAAAUUUUAGGGGAUAAAAAUAUGCCUCCACCUACCGUUUAAAUACUAAAAUACGUUUAACAAUACUCAGUUUAAGUGGUUUUGAACUAUAUUCUCGUUGGGUGCCCCUGAUGAAAGCAGGAUACGGUCGACGUACGAUUACUCAAACCGUCGCGCUAACUCGAGCCAAAUCGAUUUCCCCUUACCCUGACCUCCUGGGACAUACAAAAUAAACCAACUACGCGACUGACAAGGCACGCGAACGAUUUUGUUAACGCUAAAAGCCAUGCGAGAGAGAAACCUGUACUUUCAGGUUAAUUUCCCGUGGAUUUCCUUCAUUAUACGUUUACUGUAAUUUUAUCCCCGGCUUGACUCGAACUUUCCGCGAAAUAGAACCUCCCGCUAACUCGAAGUAAAUUUUUGUUUCCUUUCAGAUCGUUUCUCAGUUUAUAAUUAUUACCCUCGACAACUCGAACCAUGUUUUAAGCGCUUGACAAUCAGUUGAAAAUAAACAACAAGUGAUCUGCAGGCCAAAACAUUGAAUUUGUUUCAGACGAAGCGUGUGUUCUUUGUCUUUACGUUUUUGUUAGCCCAGCCCUGUAUAUAAAUCACGGCUUUGUUGCUUUUUUCAGUCCUUUUUGAAAAUAAUAUAUAGGUUUAGCCAGGGCUAAAACCGAAGCCUCAGUUUCUAUACUUAUGAUAAAAGCAAUCACAUUAAAGUAAUAACAUGAACUCUAAGCCAAAAAAAAGAAAUCUUUAUAUCCCGAAGAGCCUUCGGCAUCAGACACCUUUAGAGGAAGGGACUAAAUGAUUAGGAAAAAAUAUCCCGUAAACAAACCUGAAUUGAAAAAAUUGUUAAAUUGUAGGUCUCUUAGUAGCAGCAAUUUACAGGUUACGAUUUCUAGGGUCGGUGUGUCUGUGUUUAAGGGAAGACCUAAAAGGAAAAUCAGGCCGACUUAAAGGACUUUUGUCUUCCCGUAAGCCCAUUACAUUUUCUUUUCUUUUCUUUUUUUUAUUAAACGGGCCCGGACGAACAGUUAUGUGUAGCCUUUACAUUUAUACCUCACAAUAUCUGAAAGAAAAUUUUACCGUAAGGUGUAUAAUAUUUUCUCUGAGGACAGACAUAGAAAGCAAACUAUAAUCUUUUUCGCUACUAAUAACUAUAAUCCAAUCUUUCACUACAAAUGUAAACUUAAUACAGCAACUUACAACUUUUUUCAUUAAGAAAAAAAAAGACAAACUCGAGCUCGAAGAGCCGAAGAGUCUGUCCGUUUUAGAAUAGAGGAGACCUCUUUCAUUUUUUACAUAAGCUCACAUUUUCAGUGAGAAUAUAAAGCCGUAAACAAUUGCAAACAACUGAAAACAAACGCAGUAAACUUAAUGCAAGCGGCUGUAAUCAGGGCACAAGUUAAGGAAAAAGAGCAGCACGCUGCACACUGCAAAACGGCAGAAAUUCUUGAAUUCUACACACUGCAAAAUUCUUGAAUGGCAAGUAAUGAAUGAGAAAAUGAAUAGCAAUUCAAUGCGGAACAUGUAAAAAACAACACUUCAGUUUUAAUUCAAGAAAGGGCCCGUAUGAAUGUUUCUAAAAAUCUCACGAUCUGUAGUCUCAUGGUCGUUUUUUGAGAUAAUGUUAUGAAUGAACAAUGACAGAUAAAUAACUUAAUUUCUUGAAAAUUUUUAUUCAAAACCCCGUAAGUUAAUCUAAAAAGCAAUUCGCGUAAAGCAAGUUAAAUCGUUGCGUUGCAAGUUAAAUCGGUAGAGCACAUGGCAAAAAAUAAAUUUCAAACGCACAUUUUGUGGUUUUUCUUUCACGCCCAUGUCAAAACUGUAGAAAACCGUCCAUGAAACCCUUAAAAUAGAAAAAUUCCCUUUUAAAAACGUACUUUUCUUUGAUCAUAGAGUACGGAAUGUACCUCAAGUGUCUUCAGAAACCUCGCUCCCUUGUUGGUUCAAAACAAGCCAAGCGCUCCGAUCCGUAA